AUGAGAUUCCCCGACACCCGUCGCGAUGUCCGUUGGCAAAAUCUCAACAUGUUCCCAAUUAGUAUUUUACUCCUCAUCUGUAAUAUUGUGAAUAUCGGUGUCCUCAGCGCCUACACCAGUAUUUCAAGUUACUAUCUCGACUCCUUUAGCAUCUCCAUCAUAUGCACAUGUGUCAUUUCAGUAAUACACUUGGUUGUCGAUAUCAUUGUUAUUCCCCAUAACAAGCUUAACCCAAUAUACGUCACCAUAAUGUCUUCCUUCUACACUCUAUUUUGGGCGGGCGCAGUUAUCCUCAGCGCCUUGUCGAUGGUUUAUGGAAUCGAGGCGUCUUGCAACGAAUAUGAUUACUACUCCCUCGGUCCGGAUCCAUUCGCCGACGGUCAAUCAACUUGUGGGAUGUUGAUAUCAAGCUUUGUGUUCAGUUUGUUCUCACUCAUUCUAUAUGUAGCAGCAUUAUGCGUCGGUGCUAUAGCACUGGGAAGGUUCCAAAAAGCGGCUCUGGGGAGACAGCGCAUCAGUUACGAUGUAGCGAACUAUAACCAACCGAAUUACUCUCAGAGAGGCCUAGAUGACAACCUCGAAAUCUUCCCAAUCCCUCCGAGAAUGGAGCUCCCUACGAAUUCAACCACAGGUAGGAAAGUAGAGCUGAGUGCAUAG